AUGGCUACAGAUUUGUCAGAAAAACUCCUCACAUAUCUGGCAACACACGUCAAAAAGAAAGACCGACUUAACUGCUCCCUAGUCUGUAAACAAUGGACAGAACCAUUUUUAAACGCUUAUUGGGCUAAAGUUGAGAUUGGGAACUGGAAUAUAGAGAAAAUAUUCGACGAAUUCGGUCCUAAAGAAGUCUAUCAAAAAAAUGCGUAUCGAGUAUGGGCGUUGGAUAUCAAAUUAUAUAAGCAUAGCUUUAAGCAUAUUCAACUGUUACAGCAAACAUAUUCCAGAAUAAAGUAUCUAUCCUGGCGUGUAGAUUUAGAAAAAUUAGCUGGAGGCAAAAUUGACUGGAGUAUUUGGGGGACAUUGUCUCAUUUGGAACUAUCUUUUACGGGUGUACAACUUGCACCGGAAACUACCUUUGAAGAAUUCUCGGCUUUGUCUUGUCUUGUUCACUUUACGAUUAGGCAAGAGCUUGAUCCAAAAGUCAACAUUCAUAUCUCCCUAACCAACAUUGAAUCCCUUCAUCUCUAUCUGCCACGUCUGGAAUAUAUCAACAUUGACUUUUUACUUCAACUGAUACCCGAAAAAGAAAUGGAAACAAUAAGAAACGUCGAACCGGCACACAAUAUUACAACUAUGGAAUUUGUUUCUGAUACUCUCAGCACAUUGUGGAUAUUUUACUUGGCACACAAAUAUCCCAAUAUAGUUGGCUUAAAUUUAAGAGCACCUAAAAAUCUACGGGAUGACGAUCAAAUACCUUGCGAUGACCAGAAAUACCAGAGUCAACUUCGAAUACUAUUAUCCCUCAAACAAUUCUUUCCUUGUCUACAAAAAACAUCCACAUACAUCAAUAAUACCAAUCUCUGGUUAAUUAAAUUAUUUUAUGACGCUCUUCGACAUUUCGACGUAAAGAUAAAUUAUAUACAUAUUGAUUUUGAGGACGAGACACCAGAAGCAAAUGAUAUAAACAGGUGGAUCAGUUAUUUUUCUGAAUCAGUGAAUGUUUUGUAUCUCGAACAGAUUGAUCAAUUAGAUAAAAAAAGGAAACUACUUGUAUAUUGCCACAAGUUAACUGUAUUGAACAUAUAUUUGGGUGGUUAUAUUGAUAUCGGAAAUAUUCUGGAUUAUUGUCCAGUCUUACAAUCACUGAAUAUAUCCUCCUCAGAUAUUCAUUCCCCUGAGUAUCCACAGCCUACACACUUACCGCACUCGUUACAAACUUUGGAAAUUCAAGAUACGAAGAUCAGUCAGCAUACUUUUAAAUACAUAUCGUUCCGUUGUAGACAGCUGAAAUAUAUGAAAUUGUAUCAUAUCAAUUUUCAUUAUUCUGGCAGUGAUGAAACCGGGCAGUUACUUGUGGACAUGCCUUUUUCACAACUAAAAACGCUAAAAGCAUACAGUAACACUAAUCAUUCUGACGAUUCUGAUAUAUAUGAUUAUAUCCCUGUUAAACAUAUUGUCAUUGAGCAAAUUGAAAAUGUUGAUUCCAAUCUAUUGAGCCAAAAUAAUCAAGGACAGGCACCGCAAUCAAACUGGUACCAUUUGUGUGCUGACAGAACAAACAGAAAAGGCAGAAAUUUGGCAUGGGAACUUGGAAGGCGUGACAUUGAAUUUGCCCAGAGAUACUACAAAGACUUUCAACGAAGAAGAAGACGAGAAAAGAUACGAAAGGACUUAAACGAAGUUUUGUAUGGUUAUAAACCUAAAAGGUUUUGGAAAAGGGAUCUUCAGGGCGGUGUCUUGAAACUUCGGUUCAAAUCUGUUAAAGACUAUUUUCUUGAAGAAAAAAAUGAAUAUAGAAAUAUUUUUCGUCCAAAAUCAGAUUAA